ACAUCACUGCUCUCCAGGCCUCGGCGGUGGGUGACGACAAGGCCGCCUCAACAACUACGUCGCCCGACAAGGAGCUUCAUCAGCGCCAUGAUACCAAGAUAAGCCCCGAAUUGACUGCAAACAUUACCAUGGCCUUGCUUUUAUGGAAAGCAUUCGACUUCUUUGAAGUCAGCCAGGUCAAGCUGGGCGAUGACGAUACCCGGUCCUUCUUCGAGAACAACGACAUAUCGAGUGUUUGUUCUGGCUCCGAAAGCCUGUUUCUGGGAACCCACGAGGGAUAUGUGCGAAUAAUUGGCCCGAGCUGGAAGAUCAUUCGGAGCUUCCAAGCACACGACACGGGGAGGAUCACCCAUAUGCGCCAGGUUGAGGGGACAAGCUUUCUGGUCACAGUCGCUGAAGAUCUAAGCAACGAGCCCGUCUUGAAAGUUUGGGCCCUAGAUAAACCGGUCAAGAAGACAGGGCUGCCGACGUGCUUGACCACCCUGAACAUACACAAUGGAAGGAAGCAGUUUCCCAUCUCCGCUUUUACGGCGCUUGAUGACUUGUCGCAAGUUGCUGUGGGCUUCGCAAAUGGAGCAGUUACGGUCAUCCGAGGCGACCUGAUCCAUGACCGGGGUACGAGACAACGAGUAGUACACGAAUCCGAGGAACCUAUCACCGGUGUCGAGUUCAUUGCAGACCCGCGAAUCACUACUUUGUUUGUGGCAACGACAGCGCGACUUCUGAAACUCGUGAUAUCUGGGAAAGGCCAGGGACAACCGCCAAGGACGCUAGAGGAUUCGGGAUGCGCAGUUGGUUGCAUGACGCUCAACAAGAAUACAGGUGACAUCAUCGUUGUCAGGGACGAUGCAGUGUACUACUACAACUUGGACGGUCGAGGGCUCUGUUUCGCAAAUGAUGGCACAACGACUCUAGCAGCAACAUACCAAGAUUAUGUUGCUCUCGUUUCGCCUCCUUCCGCGUCAAGCAAUGGCGACUCAAAUAACAUUCGACGCCGAUUUGGAGGUGCCAAUACUGAGGCUCUUUUCAAUGCAUCCACAGUUACCAUGGUGGACCCAGUGCUACAAAUAGUUGCCCACUCUGAGUCCUUGAUAUCCAAAGUUCAGGCUCUGUUUCAAGUCUGGGGAGACCUGUUCAUAUUGAUGCAAAACGGGAAGAUCAAUCGAUACCACGAGAAGCCCCUCCAGCAGAGACUCGAACUGCUAUACCAACGCAGCCUGUUCCCUCUGGCGCUUAAGUUGGCGGAUAAAUCUGGCAUGGACGAACAACAACAGAAUAUUAUCUACCGAAAGUAUGGAGACCACCUCUACCAAAAGAGCGACUAUGACAGCGCCAUGUCCCAGUACAUCAAAGCCAUCGACAACACGGAACCGUCACAAGUUAUCCGCAAGUUUCUUGACACCCAAAGAGUAAAUAACCUCAUCAUGUACCUAGAACAGCUCCACGAACACCACAAGGCAACUUCUGAUCACACCACAUUACUCCUCAACUGCUAUGCCAAGCUCAAGGACGUCGAGAAGCUGGAGCACUUCAUCAAGUCUGAAGACGAUCUUAAGUUUGACUUAGACACGGCAAUCACCAUGUGCAGGCAAGGCGGCUACUUCGAACAAGCAGCGUACCUCGCGACGAAGCAUGGCGAAAGUGAUCUGGUCGUCGAUAUCCUCGUCGAAGACUCUAAGAACUACAACGAUGCCCUUGAUUUCAUAUGGCACCUUGAUCCUGAAGCGGCGUACCCAGCUUUGAUGAAAUACGCCCGAGUCCUCCUGGAACAUUGCCCGAAAGACGCAACUCAGAUCUUCAUUGAUUAUUAUACGGGCAAGUAUAGGCCGAAAAUCCACAUGGUGAAAAUUGACGAGGUUCCAUCCGCAGCGGGCGGGAGAUUCGGAGAACUAGCUGUAGGGACCGUGAGUGCCAUGCAGAACCUGUCAAACCUGCUUCCCUUACCAUACAUGAACACCUCUGCUAUAGCUAGCCCGGCUACACAGGGAAAUGUUCAGACUGUCAGCGACUCCGAGGUGUUGGUAGAUCCCGAUUCACCGGGAGAAUCGCCAAAAUACAACCCACCUGCACCCCGCACAGCCUUUUCGUCAUUCAUUGACCAUCCAGACGAAUUCAUCGUCUUCCUGGAAGCAUGUCUGAAGGAAGAGUCCUUGAAUGACACAGACAAGUCGGAUUUAUACACGACAUUGUUCGAGAUGUACCUCCACAAAGCGAGCAAGAAAAGCGAACAACGAGAGGAAUGGGAGUUUAAAGCCAAGAAGCUCAUCUCCGGCCGCGACCUUCCCAUAGAGAACUCCAACGUCCUUCUCUUAUCCCAUCUAUCCGACUUCCACGAUGGCACAACCCUCGUCAAGGAGCAAUCAGGUCUGCUCUUCGACAUAUUCCGCUCUUACACAAGCGCGAAAGACACGAGGGGCGCGAUCAAAGCGCUGCGAAAAUACGGCCCCGAAGAGCCACAACUGUACCCUGCGGCACUGGCGUACUUCACUUCCGACUCCAAGGUCCUUGAGGAAGCUGGGCCAGAAGAACUCUCCAAAGUCCUUAAGCGCAUCGACGAGGAUGGGCUCAUGGCCCCCCUCCAAGUGAUCCAGACCCUCGGCGCUAACGCAGUGGCAACCAUGGGCAUGAUCAAACCGUACCUUCAAGAGACCAUUUCCCGCGAGCGCAGCGAGAUCGCCCGAAACCGCCGACAAAUCAACUCGUUCCGCAAGGAAACGGAGCAGAAGCGCGCCGAGAUCACCGAGCUGGGCUCCAAGCCGGCCGUCUUCCAAGCGCAGCGGUGUCCCGGAUGCGGCGCCGCGCUCGAGCUGCCCGCCGUCCACUUCCUAUGCAAGCACAGCUUCCACCAGCGGUGUUUGAAACCGGGAGGUGACGGAAGCGAACCUGAGUGCCCCGUUUGCUCUAAUAGCAAUGCGGCGGUAAGGGCCAUGAAACAGAGCCAGGAUGAGAGGGCGGGUCGGCAUGAUGUGUUUAAGGACGCGCUGGAGAAGGGUAAGGGGGAUGACAGGUUUAAGACUGUGGCGCAGUGGUUCGGGCAGGGGGUUAUGAGUGGUGGCGGCUCAGUUUUUGAUUAGCGUGGGUCCUGUAGCAAAGACAGACUCACCCCCUAUAUGGGUUAGGCGGAAUGGACAUAUUGACAGCAUGCAUACAUACAAUUAAAGCAAUCCGAAGGUCAAGGGAAUUCGAAAUCGACAACUGUAUCUGUUUGAGCUUCUCCCAAGAAGCGUAAGUGCCGUGGUUCGCGGCAGCAAAGGUGAGAAGGUAGGAAACCGUCGGAAACGACUUGCUCGACACCGAGGUAGUGAAAAUAGAAGGACAGGAAAACACAGUAAACAAAAAUAGAGUGAAUAGAAGCC